UGCAUUUUGGAUUUGACCAGCCUAAUUUUGGACACUGAAUACUUUUUACCCACAUAAUUUGGAUAUUAAUGAAACUCAGUUCAGCAUCAAAGAAUGUCUGGGAUCAUUCAAUAUAAAAAUACAGAGAGGACAAUGGCAUGGCAAGUAAUAUCUUUAUCUGUCUUCUUCUUUUGUGAAAUUGCUUGUGGUCAGAUUCAGUAUUCUAUUUUAGAAGAAAUGAAGCAAGGCUCUAUAAUAGGGAAUGCUGCAAAAGACCUGGGUUUGGAUACAACAAAUCUGGAAAUCAGAAGAUUACAAGUAACAUCUCAAAAUAAAAAUAAUUAUUUUAAUAUUAGUAGAGAAAAUGGAAAUGUGUAUGUCAUAGACAGGAUAGAUAGAGAAGCAAUAUGUGAAAGGAAAGAAAUUUGUUUACUGAACCUUGAGUUAUUGGUUGAAAAUCCUGUGAUGGUUUUUCAUAUUAAAAUAGAAAUAAUAGAUGUAAAUGACAAUUACCCUCUUUUUUCUAAAGAAUUAUUUAAUAUAGCAAUGAGUGAGUCUGCUUCCCUAGGAACCCAUUUUGUUUUGGAAAAUGCAAGAGAUGCAGAUCUAGGAAGCAAUUCUAUACAGAGCUACAGUCUUAGUUCCAAUCAACAUUUUAAAUUGGGAGAACAAAUUACCACACAAGGAAUUAAAUAUCCUGAACUUGUGUUAGAAAAAGCUCUAGAUCGAGAAAAACAGAGCAUUUAUGAUUUAGUUUUAACUGCCUCUGAUGGAGGUGAACCCAUAAAAACUGGAACCACUUUAAUUAAGGUUGUAGUUCAAGAUGUGAAUGAUAACUUUCCUGUAUUCAAUCAGGACACUUACAGAAUUAGUUUGAAUGAGAGUGUACCAAUUGGUUUUCUAGUCCACCAUCUAAAUGCCACUGACAAAGAUGAAGGAUCUAAUGCAGAAAUAACAUACUCAUUUAGUCAUAUUCCAGAAAAGGCUAGGAAUACGUUCAGCAUAGACAGUUUAACUGGUGAACUUAAAAUUAGCGGAGCACUUGAUUAUGAGGUAUUCCAAAAUUAUGACAUAACUGUAGAAGCCAAAGAUGGUGGUGGUUUGGUGACUCGCUGUACUAUAUUGAUAGAAAUAGUAGAUAUCAAUGACAAUGCACCCAAAAUAGUGAUAAAAUCAUUGUUUUCACCAAUUCUGGAGGACUCAUCACCUGGAACAUUGGUUGCACUCAUAAAUGUUAAUGAUCUGGAUUCAGGAAACAAUGGUGAAGUAACAUGCCACAUACCAGAAACAUUGCCAUUCAAGUUAAUAUCAUCUUCUAAUAAUUACUAUAAACUUAUAACUGCAAGCUUUAUUGAUCGAGAGACAACUUCCAUGUAUAAUGUCACAAUUAUAGCUGAAGAUGAAGGAUCCCCAUCACUAUCAACCAAAAAAAAUAUUAAACUACUUCUAUCAGACAUAAAUGACAACCGACCAACAUUUCAAAAAACAAGUUAUAUUGAAUAUAUUCCAGAAAAUAAUACACCAGGAUCCUCAAUAUGCAGUGUCCAGGCAUCAGAUUUUGAUGAUGGUGAAAAUGCUCAAGUACAAUAUUCACUUCUUAAUAUGAAUAUUAAUAACAUUCCAAUUUCCUCUUAUGUUUCUAUAAAUUUAGAAAGUGGUGUUGUUUACUCACAAAGGACAUUUGACUUCGAACAACUGCGAGAAUUUCAGUUCCAUGUAAUGGCCAAAGACAGAGGGUCCCCACCUCUCAGCAGUAAUGUCACAGUGAGAAUAUGUAUUAUUGACAAGAAUGAUAAUGCACCCAAAAUUCUCUACCCCACACAAGACAGUGAAGGGACAACCAUCUUUGAAUUUAUUCCCCAUUCAUCUGAUAAAGGUUAUCUAGUAACUAAAGUUAUUGCUGUAGAUGCAGACUCUGGACACAAUGCAUGGUUGUCUUUUAAUUUUUUAGACGUUCCUGACUCUUCUCUCUUUAUCAUUGGUCAACACACAGGAGAAAUUAGGACAGGGCGAAACUUGCAAGAAAUAGACUCUUUAAGGCAAAAAGUUGUGGUUAUGGUGAGAGAUAAUGGAGUCCCCUCUCUUUCUGCAACAGUAACACUAAAUCUAAUCAUAGCAGAAAACUUCCAACAUGCUACUCCAGAGAUAGUCAAGAAGCCCAGAGGACCAGAUACUUCAUCAAAUGUAACCUUUUAUCUUGUUAUAUCCAUUGCUCUCAUUUCUCUUUUAUUCAUCAUGACAGUGAUUGUUACAGUCAUUGCUAAAUGCAAAAAAUCCAAUACUCCUUCAGCUUUUGAAGCUUUAGAUAAGCCCUGGUAUCCACAACUUUCCUUGAAAUAUCCAUCUCAGUUCAGUGAUGGAUCAUUACCAUUUCCAUACUCAUAUGAUGUUUGUGUAACUCUGGAUUCAAGACAGAAUGAAAUAGCUUAUUUGAAGCCAAUCCAGAAUGUCCCAACAGACAAUUUAAUUGAUACAGAAGAUUCUGUUCCUGAAAAUGAUUCAGCACAAACCAGUGUUCCCUCAGAAAGCCUCAAACAGGUAAAAUGCAUUACAUUACUUAUUGAUUUAAAAAGUAAAGUAGUGUUUUUUUUCCACUGUUGA